AUGGACAACACAGCACUCCACACCUUCUGGUUUCAUUGCCCAGCUGCCCUGCGUAGUGUAGUAUUGCUCGGCUCGUGGGACAACUUCGCCAAGCCGUAUCUACUCAAGCUUGACACUCGACGGGGACGCUGCUUGUGGAAGGGUUGCUUUACCUUUGCAGAUAUCAUUUGCGACGGAGAUCUCGACAACCUUUCUCCGAAGAGAGACGGACCUCUGAAAAUGGGAGGCACCUACUGGUACUAUUACAAGGUCGACGGCGAGGAAGAGAGCCAUAAUCCUACAGAGCCUUCGACUACCUUUUGCCCCCUGCUGCCAGGUCAGCGCCUUAAUGUCUUAGAGAUCCCUCACGAAGGGCACCGUCGCAGCAGUUCCGCAAACUCAGAUGUCUUUACCCGUAAUCCAGGAGAUAGGUAUCUAACACCGGUACCACCCAGUACCCCAAGGCCACUGCCUUCGCCGCAACUCGGUGACACGAGUACGCAGCCGUACAAUACGCUUAUGGCAUUGCCUUGGGCAUCGAGGUCGGCCUCAUACCCCCCGGCAGAUCGCUUUCUCUCGCCCAAUGUUGUGCGCCACGCUCGAAGUGCUUCUGCGUCGCCACUGUUGUCUUCAACGCCUUUGCUUGGAGAGUUUAAGGGCUUGAAAGAGAAGCUAGUAUCGAAGCGGUCAAGAUCUAGGAGCCGAUCAGAAACGAAAGAGCUAGAGAUUGGACUGCCUGUUCUGAUCAGUACUACAAUUGAUCAUCACCACUUGAUCUCUCCGUCGUCGUUCCGACCUCCCCCAUCUCCUUUGCCGAGAGAUACGCCCCUGGCUACGGAUCACCAGCGACUUCCCGCACUAAGAAAACAAUUCGCGCCUCUUGGAUCCCACCCAGUCGAUCCCGUUUGGGACGCUACCCCUAAUAUUGCUGAGCUCUCGGGCGAACAGGAACGCCCACGUCGGCGACCUCAAUCACACAUGCCCUUCACUGUCGGCAUCAACGAAUCUGACCUGAGUUCCGGCCGUGUUCGAGCCAACUCGGCAGACACCAGAAGAACAGAGCAUGGCCUCUUCUCUAACGCGCCCUGGCUUUCGUCACCGGAGCCUCAGCAUUCCUUCGACGACGUCAGUGCCGCAGAGGUUGAAGCUGCUCAGCAGUUUCACCCCGCACCAGUGCUCCGGCGACCUUCGGCUUCGCUGGAGCUUCCAUUCAUCAGCGAGCGUCCGACGUCUAGUCACGGCGAGGAUUGCAGUUCCAGCUUGCGAUCUUCAUCGUUCGACAAGGCGUUGCCCGCACUUCCCCGGUACUUCGAGCCUGAGCCGCUAUUCGUCUGCAACGAUUCCACUGUGCACGAACUGCCUGCUGAGGAGCCACGAUAUGAGCAGCGACCGCAAGAGAACCAGGAUGCAGAUGACUUUAUUGUUCAAUUUGCAGAAAGAUCACGCAGCCAUUUCUCGACGUGGAGCAGCGACUCGCUCACCUUCAGCUACCCGAACUCGGAUGACGAAGCCGUUCAAUCGCCUACUUUCAGCUCUUUGACCAGCGACUGCAGUUCGCCGCGACGAUUGUCCACGCGAUUCUCAUAUGUAGAGCAGCGGUGCGACACUGAUUACGAUAUGACAUCGACUGAGGGUAGUAGCGCCUACCUCUCAGCAUCUCCACCACAACUAGACCAACUACGCAUCUCGACAUUCGGCCCCAAUUUGUUCAAUGUAGACAUUCAGCAUACAGACCCAACACCUCACCGAAAGGUUGCAUGCUUUGGUCUGGGCUUCCAGGGCUUCCAGGGCUACAGCCUGCCCGACGACGGCGACUCGAAAUCCACCAUCACCGAAACCACACUCCGACCAGAACCCACCGAUCGAUCUCAGCGCGAGAGUUCUGCCAGCCAUCUCGAGAGGCUGAUGGACGAGUUCGGCUACCUUGGCGACGCUGUUGUUUGA